UUACCCCGGCCGGUUUUUAAAGAUAGAAAAAAUAUUCAUCCUCCGAACUUUUCAUACUAUUACACACCUAAUUCAGCAUUUACUCCCUCCUUCGUUAUGGUUGUCGGCGGCUGCUUCUGCGGAAAGAUCCGUGUCGAAUAUAACGGCGAGCCCAUUAUGUCAGCAUUAUGUCACUGCUAUGACUGUCGCAAAUUGACGGGGACUCUUUUCACCUAUAGCUUCGUGGUCCACAAGGCGGACCUGAAAAUAUCUGGCAGUCCCAAGGAAGUGGCCAAAAGAGCCGACAGCGGAAAUCAUAUCAAGAACUAUUUCUGUUCGGAUUGUGGGACACCAAUCUACGGGCACAAGAUCAAGCCGUCAGGGGAUCCCGAGGAUAUCACUAUUCUUCGGGCCGGGAUUUUUGAUGAUAUUGAGUAUCUGGAUCGGCAAAAGCCCAAGGCGGAGAUUUAUAAACUCGGUCGGGUAAAAUGGAUGUGUCCUCUGGCAGGAGUCGACCAAUUCAUCGGCAUGCCUCCGCUUCCCUAGUUAUAUUAAAAGAAUGACUAUAUUUAUGAACAACGUUGGAUACGGUGAAGGAGGCAACGACUAGUCCUGUAGUAUGCUUCCACCUCACCUACCCUACUUAGAAACGACUGAAGAAAAGAAAAUAAAAGGAAAUGACGAUCCGCUUCAUUAUUCGUGAAUGGAAUCAUGUGUGCGUCUGUUCCUCUUGGAUUG